GUAGCGAGGCCGGACGGAGCUGACAGAGAGAGAUGGCCUAUCUCACCGUCUCUCUGGCCUUACUGGUGGGAAUUGUAGUUCUUAGCGAGGUGGCGAGAAGGACAGCUUCAUAUCUAUUCCCAAAUCGUAACUGGAUCACCUAUGUGCUGGAGUUUAUUUCCACUUUUCAGUUGUGCGCGUGCACGCACGAGUUAAAGCUGCUCGCGGAAGUGGGCAGACUGGAGCCGCAGAUCGGACUGACCCUCACGUACCUCAUCUCGGUGAUCCACGUGCUUUCUUUCCACGGUGCGAUCUGUAACCCCACCGGCUCUCUGGAGCAGCUCUACCGCGGGACUCUCACGCGCAGACGCGCAUUGGCACAGAUCUCAUGCCAGCUGCUCGCGGCUGUGGUGGCACGGCUAGUGAUGCCUCGCCUGUGGUCACUGGCGCUCUCAGACCUGCAUGAACUGCACACAUUGAUGGACUUUAAAUGCACGAACAGCCCCAUUAAUGCCCCUCUGCUACAGGCCGCCGCGGUGGAGCUGAGCUGCGCGUUUUUGAUGCACUCUGCGGUGUCCAACCUGGACAAAGUGGAGGAGAAAUAUCGGGUUCACGCAAUAGCUGCUGUCAUCACCACUUUAGUCUAUGCGGGUGGACACCUCACCGGAGCUGUGUUCAACCCAGCACUGGCAUUCUCAAUACAGUUCCCCUGUCCUGGAAACACUUUUGCAGAGUACGGUUUUGUGUACUGGAUGGGACCAAUAUUAGGUAUGACAGGCUCUCUGCUUCUUUUUGACAAAGUGAUCCCAGCCAUUUCAGGAAAAAGCACAAUUCCAAAGCACCCGAACUCUAAUGGACUCAAGAAGAAAAAGAUGAAUUAAGACGGUUUUAUAAAAUAUAAAUAGUAAUUACUUAUCCAUAUGUAGUUAUAUACUGUGAAUAUACAGGAUACUUUAAUUGUCCAGCUCAUCUUAAAGUAAUUAUGAAUCUGGAUGGACCUUAAUGGUUUCAACCCUUUAGAAGGGUUUUACUGACAUCAUUGCUUUCAAAAUGUCUUAAAUGUAUUUUUUUUAAAUGAUAACAUGCAAAUUCAUGAAGCACAGUGAUUAUGUAAUGACACAUAGCUGCAGGUUUACAGCACAUAGUGUGCCAAGAAGCAUUUGUGACCAUUACAAACUGUUAUCUUAACAAAUAAACAUUCCUGGAAUAAGACACAUGGGAAGUAUUCUAACACUGCUGUUCGGAUACUAUUUUGUGUUUUGUUCUACUAGCGAUGAUUCUUACCUCGUAAUAAGGUAAAUGUUACAGUACAAGUAAUCUUAAGCACAGUUUUGCAGUGCCUUUGGAUUAUCCUGGGUAAAAUAACCAGGGUGAACCAGACCAGACGCCUACAAGCAAAUGCAGACUGUAAAAUAUGGUAUAACACACUUCUGUGUAACAAGAAAUUAAAUGAAGCAGUACUAAAACCUA